AUGGCUGAAGGUAAUCCACUUGCUUAUCUUUCAUUUGUACCAGAACAUGGCUUAAAGUGGCGAAAUAAUUUUCAAAAGGAAAAAAUUUAUCCCUAUGAAUAUGAGAAUGAAAUAUAUCGUGUUAUGUGUUCUGUUCAUCAUAAAUCUGAUGUUGGAAAACCAUUAGAUGUUUAUAUUUUAAAACGAACAUGUAUCUUUGAUGAUUGUUUAUAUGAUCUUAUUGACAUAACAUCGUGUGAUAAUACAAGAAAUAAUUGGAUAAAACUGAAUGAAACAAUUACAAAUCCUGAUAUCGGUCAUCAAUAUCUGCGUUGUUACAAAAAUAGUCUCAUGUCAAAAGGUGCAACAGUCAUGGCAAAUGAUCGAAGUAUGUUUGUUGUUAAAAAGCCAGAAUUCAGUUUAGUGGCAGAUGACAGAUUAAUAUAUAGCUGUCAAGCACAUGAACUUAUUUAUGAUGAAAUAUUGUUUUUAUAUAACGAUGGUAUUUAUACUUAUGAACGAAAACAUAUUGAAAAUGAUUGGGUACUUGCGGGUACAAAACAAAGAAAAUAA